AUGUCAGCCGGCCACUCUGAACCACAGGUUCUAUACAGUGUCAACAACAUUUCUGCAUUUGCAGUUCAAAAUGGAGAAGAGCAUCCUAUCACCACGUCGGGACCACAGACGAUGUCGCUACUGAUGGUGCCGACAGCGUCACCGUUUGCCGACCUAUCUUCAGCCGAACCGACCAGUCAUGCGCCGGAAGAAGACUUCUAUCUGCACCUCCAUCUGCCUCCAGAAGUCGACCUCCCACUGCCAGCGACCACCCAGGUCUACCAUAAGCCUCCGAGCAGUUAUCUCAUUCCGCGCUGGGAUUUGGGUCCGGAUGCUGACGCCUUCAUCCGUAUCCAGUUUCCCUCGAUCGGCAGCGGACCGGGCAAGGUGACUCAAGAGGAGGUAGAUACCUUCGAGACCAUCCUUGCCCAGUGCACAUCAUUCCUCGAGCGGGUCAAAAGCAUGCCCCCUGGCUUUGAGCGGUAUGACCCUAGCAGUUAUCGGCCGGGGGAGGGCUAUGUUGGAACUCCAAAACCUGAAAAAGAUCGGACUGGGCAACAUGGCCAGAUUGUGCUUAUCGACGAGGAGAAUGGGAGCGUCAUCGGCGAGCUGCAGGACAACUAUGCCGUGGUCGAAGGAGCAAACGUGAAGCCAGGAUCAAAGACACCUGUCCAAAUCCAACUUCCUAUGGAGGGACAAGGGAACCAGAUUCGAGUAGACAACGUGUCUGAGGAGUACCUGGCUAUGGCGAAACACCCUGCAUACGCAAAAUCCAGGGUGGUGCAAACCUCUGCGACUGCCUCGAGACUGAUCGUCACUGGAUCGACCUUCCUGGCGAACAAGCUGGCAUCGGGGGCAGACUCAUUCCAAAAGAGCACGCAACCGAAUCCGAAGCCGAUGACUUUCACGCCGGCGACUCACGCUCGCAUUCGUCAGAUCCACGCUUUCACCCAGGGCGCUGUCGGCCUCAGUGCUAAGACUGUUGGCCAGCUGGGCAGAUACGCGCAGAAUUUUGGCGCAUCCCUUGCUCGAAAAGGAGAGAAAUCCAAGCGGGAGCCUGGGAAAGAUUACACCCCUGGCAUUCUGAACAAAUCCAUGAUUGCUUUCUCCACCAUCGCCGACGGCAUCGACCAGGCGGGGCGGAAUUUGUUGGCCUCCGGUUCAGCGGCGGCGACCAAUGUCGUCGGUCACAAGUACGGUAAAGAGGCGGGUAACGUUGCGCAUGGCCUAGCUGGCGGUGUCAAGAAUGUCGGUCUUGUCUACAUUGAUGCAAUGGGUGUAUCGCGCCGAGCUGUGAUCAAGUCUGUGGCCAAGGGUAUGGUGGUAGGCCGAAUGCCAAACGGACAACAACUCGUCGUCGGCUCGGGAGACGGAGGUGUCGUUCCGGCUGAAGCAAUCGGGGCCGAUCGGAAGAAGAACGAUUAUUACUCCUCCGACAUGUACGGAGGAGCUUCGCAGGCUGGUGCAGCCCCGCCAGGUUAUGGUGUGGAGAGUUAUGGCAAUGCUGCAAAUGCGCCACCGUCGUACCCUUCGGGAGUUGGUGAACCCAUGGGAUCGACGUUACAGGGACAUAAUGUGCGCGAGAAGCGAUGA